CUCGCUCAAAUCCUGUUGCCUGAGUCUUCUUUCAUACAACAUACAACAUAUAUUCUCCCUGGACCCUGCGGUCGCUACUGUCACCUUUAUACCCAACAUACACACUCAUUUUAUACAAUAUGGGAGCCGGCGGGGUAAUCCUCCGAUUUUUCAACCUCGGACUGCGUGUCCUGCAGUUCCUCGAUGCUGCGGUCAUUCUCGGCAUUUUCUCGUACUUCCUGGCUGUCUUGACCAGGAAUAACCAAAACAUUGCGACAUGGAUCAAGGCCGUCGAAGGCUUAGCAGGCGCAGCAACCGCCUACAGUCUGCUAGGCAUCAUUUUCACCUGCUGCCUGGGCGGUGUUGCCUUCUUUGCAUUCCUGGGCGUUGCCCUGGACGUGUGUUUUGUGGGCGCGAUGGUCGCUAUCGCCAUCCUGACCCGCAACGGUGUUGACAAUUGUUCCGCCGGAACACUGAAUACACCAAUGGGCACGGGCAACGCCAACGAUGACACUGCUUCCAAGGGUCUGAAGUUCAGCAUGGCCUGCCAACUGGAAAAAGUCGUCUUCGCAGUGGCCGUUAUCGGAAUCUUCUUCUACUUGACCUCCAUCCUCUUCCAAGUCCUUCUCGCCCGCCACCACAAGCGCGAGAAGCGUUUCGGUCCCUCCCCGACCAACGGUUACACCCACGGUACCCGCAAGGCCUUCUGGCGCCGCAACAAGAAUAACCCCGAAGCCGACGUCGGCGGCGCUGAUGUCCUGCCCGGCCACCCAACCCCCUAUGACGUCGAGAUGGGCUCUGAGCCCAAGACCGAGAAGGGAUGGUUUAGCUCUUGGGGCAAAAACAAGAACACCACCACUGCUCCGGUUGCUGCCCCGGCUGCCGGUAGCUAUGGCUACGGUAACUCGGCGUACACUGGCAACAUCUAGAUUGCUGGUGUAGGAUACUUGCUGUUCCAAGUAUCUUCCUCUGAGUGGACUGCUGCUUGUGCACUGGUCGAUGAUUCUAUGACUCUUUUGUGUUAUUUGAGAGCCAAGAUACCACUGCUAUGUUUGUGAUUAGAUUGGAUUGUACAAUAUGAUGGAGGAUAUCUGGCGAGCAUACUUAGG